AUGCUGGACGACGCACCCUCAUCGCCGCCGCCGGUCGAGGACCAGGCGCGGCUGUUGGAGGAUGCCUUGGGGGUCGUUCGCCAGCAGACUGUCCUCAUGCGCCGAUGCCUCGAAUCGCCUGGAAAGCUGAUGGAUGCGCUGAAGUGCAGCUCAACAUUGGUGUCAGAGCUGCGAACGAGCAGUCUAGGACCCAAACAGUACUACGAGCUCUACAUGUCCGUCUUCGAUGCGCUGCGACACCUCUCCGUCUACCUGCGCGACUCCCACCCAACGAACCACCUCGCCGACCUCUACGAGCUGGUCCAGUAUGCGGGAAACAUUGUGCCAAGAUUAUACCUGAUGAUCACCGUGGGCACAGUCUACAUGGGCAUUGAGGAUGCGCCGGUUAAAGAGAUAAUGAAAGACAUGAUGGAGAUGAGCCGCGGGGUGCAACAUCCCGUGCGAGGACUCUUCUUGCGAUACUACCUGAGCGGCCAGGCGAGAGAUUCGCUGCCUACAGGGAAUGGAGACGGACCGGAGGGGAAUCUGCAGGACAGCAUCAGCUUUAUUCUGACCAACUUUGUUGAGAUGAACAAGCUCUGGGUGCGACUACAACACCAGGGACAUUCGCGCGAGCGGGAACAACGGACGAAAGAGCGCCAGGAGUUGCAGUUGUUGGUAGGCAGCAACCUGGUACGAUUGAGCCAGCUGGUGGAUCUGGAGAGCUACAAGAAUAUCAUACUACAACCGCUGCUCGAGCAAGUCGUGCAGUGUCGGGAUGUCUUGGCGCAGGAGUACUUACUGGAGGUGAUCACGCAGGUCUUCCCUGAUGAAUUCCACCUCCACACCUUGGACCAACUACUGGCAGCGACGGCACGGCUGAACCCUCAUGUGAAUAUCAAAGCGAUUGUCAUUGGCCUCAUGGACCGGCUGUCCGCGUUCGCUGCACGAGAGGCGGAUAGCAAGAGUCCGGAAGAGAGGCAGAAAGAGGAAGAGGAUUCGGUGGCUGCGUUGAUGGAGAGAUUGAAAGUAUCAAAAGCUGCUGCUGAAGAGGAUUCUGCGAAACCAACCGAGAAUGGCGAGCCUCCCAAUGGCGAGUCAGCGGCGACCGAGGAGACCGUCACAGAGGGAGCAUCAUCAGAAUCGCCUGCGAAGGAGGAAUCCGCGGCACCUCCACCAUCACAACCGAACGGAGACUCGUUGAAACACAAGGGCAUUCCGGUGGAUGUAAAGCUGUUUGAGAUCUUCUACGAGCAAGUCAUACAUCUUGUGAGCAUGCAGAGGUUACCCAUACAGGACAUCACCGCCCUGCUGGUGUCUUUGGUGAACCUUGCACUGAACAUAUAUCCCGAACGCCUGGACUACGCGGACCAGGUCUUACAUUACGCUACGAAGGAAGUCGCACGCUUUAACAACUCCGCCGACCUGCACUCCCAGCAAUCGCAAUCAAGCAUCCUGAGCUUGUUGCUUGGACCUGUCAAGACAUACUACUCCCUCUUCACGGCGCUUGCACUGCCGAACUUUUUACCUCUCUUCCACGCCCAACCAUACCCUACGCGAAGAGCAGUCGCUGGUGAGGUCGCCCGGAAUCUGCUACGAAACGAGACGAAGAUCACAACACCAGCGAAUCUGGAGGGUGUGCUAUCGAUUCUCUCGGUUCUGAUCAAAGAGGGCAUGCAGCCGCCAUCAGGAUAUGCGGGCGGUCCUGCGAGGCGAGGAGCAGUAGAGACUGAUGAGACCGUGGAAGAACAGGGCUGGCUUGCACGGAUAGUCCAUCUCAUCCACGGAACAGACAACGUGACACAGUUCAAGCUUCUGCAAGCGGCGAAGGCAGCUUUCCAGGAGGGCAGCGAGAGGACAAAGUACACGACACCAGCGAUAAUAACGGCAUCCCUCAAGCUCGCACGAUCUUUCAAGCGAAGGGAACAUCUCUCGAACGACGACUACGGCGCGCAAUCCUCGGCAUUGUACAAAUUCAUCCACACUACCAUCUCCUCGCUGUACACUCGAGUAUCGUCAUCUGGCGUGCCAGACCUCGUUCUGCGACUGUUCGUCUCAUGCGGUCAGGUUGCUAGCCAAUGCGAGAACGAAGACGUGGCGUAUGAGUAUUUCGCACAAGCAUUCACCGUGUACGAAGAGUCAAUAUCGGAUUCAAGGUCACAGUUCCAGGCGAUCUGCAUCAUUGCUGGCGCGCUUUGCAGUUGCUCAGAAAGGUUCAGCAGGGAGAACUACGACACACUCAUCACGAAGGCGGCACUGCACGGCAGCAAAUUGCUCAAGAAGCCGGACCAGUGUCGGGCGGUGUAUCUUGCGAGUCAUCUUUGGUGGGCUGCCGAGAAGACGGAGAGGCAAGAAGGUGCCAAGGAGCCCUAUCGCGAUGGCAAGCGUGUUCUCGAAUGCUUGCAGCGUGCUCUCCGAGUCGCCGAUGCCUGCAUGGAUACCGCUGUGUCCGUCGAGCUGUUUGUCGAGAUCCUGAACCGCUACGUCUACUACUUCGACCAGGAGAACGAUGCCGUGACGACGAAGUACCUGAACGGCUUGAUCGAGCUGAUCCACUCGAACCUCAACACCACCGAGAACGCCAGUGGGUUGGAAUCGCCGAGAAAACACUUCCAGCGCACCCUGGACUAUAUUGCGAGUCGCGAGUAUGAAGGGGUGGAGAUCAGGCCGAAGACGUGA